AUGGGGGUGGGGAUGCGUCUCUUCAGCCAGCCCAGGUUCUCUGUGGCCUUCACACCGCAGAUGAAGGAGAAAGCUGAGAGCUUCUUGCUCCCUGAGAGCAGUAAGAUCCGUGUCCAGCCACAAGGGAUUAAAACUCGGUGUGCCUCAGACUUCAGCUGGAGCGAGUUCUUAAGCAGCUCAGGUGUGGAGGCUGAAUGUGUGGAGGACAUGUGUGUUUUUCUGCUGGUAUGUGGACUGCGGAGAGUCAAGGAUCCACUGUACCUACUAAAAGCUUUCUCAGAAUGGCAUGCCAGCCAUCCCCAGGUGGUCUUCAUCAUCAUUGGACCAAAGAUGGAUCCUGUGUUCUGUGAGGAGGUGGAGGAGAGCGUGAGCAGGUGGGCAGGAGUGUACCACACCGCCGAACGAGAGCAGGAUGAGCUGCACGCCGCCAUGACCCACUCCUUCGCCCUGGUCAACAGCUCCAUCUCGGAGGGCAUGUCCGCCGCCAUCUUAGAGGCCAUGGAUCUGGGAUUGCCCGUGUUAGCCAGAGACAUUCCCGGGAACGCCGCUAUUGUGCAGCAUGAGGUCACUGGGCUGCUCUACUCCUCCCCUCAAGAGUUCAUCCUGAUGGCCAAACGGUUGCUGGAUGACAGGCCACUUCGAGAGCGGCUAGCCGAAAAUGGCUGAAGGUACCAGGACCAAGGUUCCAAACUUCAAAUCUAUCCAGACACUCUCUCGUCUCACUUCAACUUUUCUCAGGGCCAGAUUGCAGGCCAGUGAACUUCACAUCUUUCCAUUCACUCUUCUUCUCUACCUGUUGACGUCUCUUGCUCCCGUGCAAGAUCUGUCUGGUGCUCUAAGAAUCUCAGGAAUAUUGAGGCAGACAGACUGCAGUUUUUUAAGGACAAUGUUUUUCAAACAUUAAGGAAUGUCUUCAAACGUUCACUUUCUAUUUCCACUUUCUUUUCUACUCAAAAACUAAAGAGAUUUCAAUCUGUGUCCAGUUUACAAGUGGGUUUUUAUAAGAAGCAAAUACUGUAUGCAAAUGACUCAUGCAUUGACGAAGAGUUGGCAGCCAUUUUCCUUUAGUCAAAGUAUGAAGGUGGAAAAAGUUUUAGGUCCCUGAUGGCAUUGCCAGUGGAUAUGACUUAUCACUGCAGUAAUCUGCCAUUUUGGGGGUAAUUUAAAUGCAAUGGUUAACUAGCUUUAUGUCAUUAAGUCAGCUAGCUGUCAUACAACAUUAGUGUCUUAAUUUUCUGGGUAGCAGACUAUCAAGGUUUCAGUCUACUGGACUUUGUUUUCUUUUAAUGUUUACUCUCUCUGGAUAUGAUAUUUGAGUAUUGCACCUUUCACUUCCUUAGCUAUAAGAGGAAGGUGAUUCUGAGUUAUUUUGGCAUUGGUGAUUUAUUUUGGCAUUGGUGAGUUAUUAUGUGAGUUAUUUUGGUAUUGGUGAUUUGAUGUUUUAUUUAAAAGUUAUUCCCUGUACCGAAACAUUUUAUUUAAGACAAGAUUACAAACCAUGUACUAUGUGCUUGUUUACUCAAUGUUUACUUGUUUACUCAAAGCAUAUUUUUACUAUGUCUUAAAUAUUUGUAGGGUAUUUUGUGUUAUUUAAUGGUUUAAAAGUCUUGCUCUCUGUCAAAUAUGUUUAAUUAUUUGGAUUUAUUUAUUAUUUAGAUUAAUUCGGUUAUUAUGUACUUCUUUCUCAUGCACAUCAUUAGGACAUUCAAUAUAUACAAAUAAACGCUUCU